AUGACGGACACUCAGCAAUGGAUGCGCUUUGCGAAGGCGCUUUCGAGACUUCUGGGAUGGAUCUACACGUUAUCAUGGAGCGCUUCCUUCUAUCCCCAGCCCUGGCUGAACUGGAGACGUCGGUCCACUCAAGGCCUUGCUAUCGACUUUCCCACUCUUAAUGUCCUUGGAUUUGUGUGCUACACCGUAUCUACCUGCAGCUUCAUGUAUUCGCCGACAAUCCGCCGACAAUAUGCUGCCCGACAUCCGUUAUCUCCAGAGCCCACGGUGCAAUUCAACGACGUCGCCUUUGGAGUGCACGCCGUGAUUCUGUGUCUCUUGACCUAUUCGCAAUUCUUCUCACCGCUGUGGCCCUUCAAAGUCUCCUCUCGGCAGCGAGCAAGUCGCCCCGUCCUGGGCAUCGUCUGGGGAAGCCUGGUUGCCGUUGCGGCCGUUGUUGUCGUGGUGGUCUAUCGUUCAAGAGGGCGACAGCAAGAUCCACACGAUUGGGCCUGGAUCGACGUGCUCUAUACCAUGGGCUAUGUGAAGCUCAUUUGCACCUUUGUCAAGUAUAUCCCCCAGGUCUGGUUCAAUUACAAACGGAAAUCCACCCAAGGCUGGAGCAUCAUGCAAAUCCUGUUUGAUCUCAUCGGAGGCGUCCUGUCUCUCUUGCAACUAGUCAUCGACGCCAGCUUUCAAGGCGACUGGAGUGGUCUCACGGGGAAUUCCCUCAAAUUGGGUCUUGGAAAUAUUAGCAUUGCCUUUGACUUGAUCUUCAUCGCUCAACAUUAUAUCCUCUACUGGGAUCAGGAUGACCUUUCCAGCGAGACUGAUGACGAAUCAGAACGACCGUUGCUCGAUCACUGA